AUUCAAUUUACAAUUUAUAUGGCUGAUUUUCAAGAACAGCUGAAAGAAUAUCGCCUAAAGAAGCGAAGGAAGGAAACGCUUGAAAGCAUAAAAGACAAAUUUCACAGAUUCUGGAUGUUUGGCACUGGAUCCACUAGUAAUGACACUAAAAUCGAUUUGCAACAGGUACCGUCCACGUACAAUCCUUCAAGCAACAAGCCCGAAUUGUUUGAGGAAAACUCGCACGAUGAAUCACUGUCCUCCAGUGCAAACGAAUUGGUGGAAGAAAGGGACACUGUUCCCGAAACCCAAAACCAUACAGAGGGAAACGUACUGAAGUAUACUCUUUGGACUGUAUAUCUUCUUUUUUGGAUAACUCUCUACGUAAUAGCCAUUGAACUGAAGUUUGGAUUGGUUUAUCUCAUGUUUUCUGCCCUGUUUGGUAUUUACUUUAAUACGAGAACGGGCCCUAAAAAGCAAAAUGAGAUCAGCGCAUACAGUGUUUUUAACAAGAAUUUUGAGAGUAUAGAUGGUACACUGAAGGCAGAACAAUUCGAACGUGAAAUUCGAUACGGCUCAGGAAGUGUUAAAUAAAUGUACAUUUGUAUAUGGAGCUUGACCUUUUUAGAUCUUUAUUAAAAUGUAUGCAUAAAUA